UGAAAUCUUGUUUUGUGUGAAUUUCAAUCACAUCCUUUAGCCUUUGCUUUUGCAUCUCAUUCUUCUUCCCAUUCUUCCACCAUUCUUCACCCCCAUUGCCCUUUUACUCUGCCAUGACCCAAUCCCGUCCUCUCUCCCUCCACGAGCGCUUCAGUCUCGCCAGGCGCAACGCUGGUCAACCACCCAUCCUCACCAUCGCUGCCGUCUACUCUGCCGCCGCCUCUGCUCCUACCCUCGAUUUUCUCUCACAACGCAUCGCUGAGAUCCAGGCACAUUUCCCACAGCUGUAUGCCCUAAUCCAAGAUGCCCGCUCGGCUUCGCCGAGCCAGGUUCUCAGAGAUGGCCCCUGGGAGAGCAGCGCGGUGUUGAGGACAGGGGUGUACUCGGAAGAGAAAAAUAGAGACAAGGAGCUUGCUGGGGUGCUGCUUCUUGACGGGAAGAGGAUGCUUGGAGAAGAUGUCGAAAGAGCCCCGCUCUGGCAAAUCACCGUCUACACCAGCCCCUCCAAACCAAGGGUCUACGUGUCUCUUUCUGUCGACCAUGUGCUGCUUGAUGGUCGGGGGGUGGCCAUCCUCCUCCAGGCCAUCCUCGCAAAGCACAUCGCUGGUCUGCCUUAUGAACAGCUUGAAACGACGCCAAGGGUGGAAGACACAGUCGACAUGAAGCCGACUCUGGCUUUUGCUUUGCCCCUUAUCUGGCAUCAUCUCAUCCUUCCCCGACUCCCCCUAUUUCUCCAGAGGUCCCUUACUCCCGCCAAAGCAUGGCCUGCCGACCUCAUUUCUGCUACUCCCUUGACAUCCCCUUCGGCCUUUUCACUGUUCACCUUGUCUUUGAACGAGGUAUCGCAGCUGAAAACCAUUGCCAAAGCGCAUGGCGUACCAACUCUCAAUCCCGUUAUCAAUGCCAUCUACGCCCUGGCCAUUUGGUCCAAGUACCGCUACACCCUCAGUCCCUUCCGGCUCGUGGCCAUCUCUGCUCGAUCCGAACGAGACAAUUCUCUCGGGCAUCCUCAUGCUUUGGGCAAUUAUGUCAGCUCCCACAAAAUCGAGGUAGACAUCAAACCCGGAUCAGACUUCUGGGCGGUGGCGCGGACUAUCUCGGAUCAGUUGAGCAGUCAGGAGUCCAUCUCGCAUGCGCGUAUGAGAAUGGGUAUGCUGUCACAAAUCCCUGGUGGCCUCUACACAUCCCCGACUGGGAUUCCCGACCCCCUCAGACCUACCUUGUUUGAGGACUUUCUACUCAAGGGUGCAGAAUCCGCCACACCACUCGAUACUGCGUUGGCUUUUUCCAAUCUUGGCUUUGUGCACCUUCCCGAGGGUGCGGAGGACAUGGCCUGGGCACAGGCUGCAGAUGGGUUGGGGAAUUCGGUGUUUUCGACCAACGUCAUCGGCCAUGAGGGAGGGGUCAAGGUGGGGACCAACUUCAGUGAGGGAGCAGCAGUGAGGACGGACGAGGUGGAAGGCGUGAAGGAGCUGUUCAAGGGGAUCGUGCACAAGCUCAUCGAGGGGAAGAGCAAUGUCAAUGACCUGGGAUAG